CGUAAAAAAAAUGGUGAAGAGGAACCACAGGAGCUGUUGGUGUUCGGAUAUAGCUGCAAAUUAUUUCGAGACGAUGACAAGGCGAAAAUGAUUGAUCAGGGGAAGCAUUUGAUACCAUGGAUGGGCGAUAACACAUUGAAGAUAGACAGGUUUCUGCAGGUGUUGGCCGUAUGAACGCGCAGUGUUGAAGCGCGAUAUGCGCUCUGCACGGGCGCAGAAUAAGGUGCUCUUGUGGCUUGGCGCUUAUGGCUGACCAUCUGUGCAGCAGCAAGGUGAGACACAGCGUAGAGAGACAAAUGGCAAGCUGACGGUUAUAGGUAUUUAUGACCGUUCAGCAUGGUAUGUAUUAGCGUCUUAGAUUCAGCUGUGCUGGCAACAAUGUACGAAUUACCAAAUGCAUUAUGCAACUUUGAUAAUUUCUCUAUGUUGCGAUAUACAUUCUACGUUUAUGUGUAUACUCUGCAUACAAUUUGUGUAUAAAUAUUGAAUGUACAGCAUACGUGUCCAAGAUGUAACUGGAAACAUAUAUUAAAUUAUAUAAAAUAUUUUGUUUUGCAUUUAUAUUAUAAAUAUUUCUUGAAAUUUAGGCAAGCUGGAUUGUGUACACACAUGUCGAAGGCAUUGCAGCAUUUAUUCUGAAACUGUAUUCUUCAUCAUCCAAGCGAACACUUUGUGAGAAUUUUUAAGUGAUUUUCUAUAAACUUGUAUCUUCAAUUUUUCAACUUUUUUUCUUUAUUUAAUUUGGUGCUGCUUAAUGUUCUAUGUUUUAUUACAAUUCAACGAUCGAUACUCAAACUACUCUUGCUUUUUAUCUGAAUAAUGCAAUAUGUAUGCUCAUUGCAGUUAGAUCAUUUUAUUUUCUAUAUUGCUACUUAUAUCUAGCAGUAUUACAACUAAUUUCAAUGUGCAAUGAUACAGCUUUUGUUAAAUAUUAAACUGGACAUAUUGUUACGGACCAUAUAAUAAUUAUUCAUGUAAUUUGUAAAUGUAAUGCAAUAUAUAUGUAUACUUAUAUAUAUGAUAUUUGAUUAGAUAAAAAGGACAAAAUGUUUUACAUAAUUCAAUAUAUGGUUCUAUGUUUUAUACAUCUAAGUAGUAUAAAAUAUAGUGACAAAAAAGAAAUAAUCUAUGAACUUCAUAAAUUAUUUAUAAUCAAUAUGUAAGCAUUUAUGAAAUUAUCAUAAAUGUUGCUAUCUUGUAAGAAACAAAGCAGCAAAUUGCAUCUUCAGAAACAAACAGUAUAAUAAUGCGUAGUAAAUUUAUUUUACAAAAUACAUUGUACAUAGUGUAUUUAAUUUGAAAGUUAUGCAAAGAAAUAAAUUACACAUAAAGACAUGUCAUUCAACUUUGUAUGACUAUAUUUUAUUUCAGAGAAAACUCUUUGUGGUGGGAUUCUCUUCAUAAAUUAUUUUACAGAUGCCGCGAUUAACAAAAUUUAUGUAAAAAAAAUAUCAUUUUCCUUCUCUAAUUUAAACAUUGUAUGUGUAUAGAUACGAUGGACGUGGAGCACUGGGGGAUUUAAGGAUUCAUGAGCCACCGGCAGGUGGUUUUGAUCAACGGACAAUACUCACAGAGGAUGAACUUAAAGUUGAACAGCUCUGUGACGAAGAAAGAUACCGAUCCUUGUAUAAUAAUGACGCAGAAGAUUCCAUGUAUCAUGAAGAAGAGAUGAAAAGAUUGCAUCAAGCAUUGGAAUCAGAAAAUUCUUAUACUCAAGUAGCAUAUAAUUAUAACGAGGAUGAAAACAAUUCCAAGUUAGCGUGCGAAGACUCACAGAGUCCAAAACAAUCAGAAGGAUCGCAAGAAGAGGAUCAAGCUUUUGUACCGCCGCCAGAUCUUGAAAUACCGGAAGGCAUGACAGUGCCCGAGACACAGAAGUUAAAUGCAAUUAUCACAAAAACAGCACUAUUUAUUAGUCGUCAAGGGGGCCAAAUGGAGAUUCUUCUAAAGGCGAAACAAGCGAACAAUCCGCAAUUUUCGUUCUUAUCGAUAGGUGAACCGCUACAUCCGUAUUACAAGUUUGUGCUGGAAGCUAUCAAGACUGGAAAAUAUAAUCCUGAAAAACAACCUGAAAAAGAAGAAUCUGAACCUGAGGAAGAAUCAGAUGAAGAUGAUCAACCAUACCUUCACCCAAGCCUAGCGCCAUCAUUUGCCAAAGUAGAAGCGGCUCCUAGCAUACCAAGCAUACAGUACAAGCCCUCUGCGGACUGUGCUUAUUCAAUGCUUGUAAACAAAAUCACAGGAAAACCACCGCCACCUAAAAUACCACAGUUAUUAGAUGUUGGUGUUCAACAAAUGCCGACUUCUGGAUAUUAUCAGCCGAUUGUGCCACAGAGUUAUACUCCGUACACCGCAACACCUUUACAAUAUUCGCAUGGUCCAGUUAUAUACGGACCAAACGGUCAAAUUCAAUCUCCACCUCAGCUACCAGUACCGGCUGUACCUGUUGUUUCUACCGAAGAAUCUACAACGCCAACGCCUCAAGCAAAAGAAACACCUUCUUUAGUACCCUACGGACCAACACCGCCAAAAACAUUGAGCAGACCAUCAUUCAUCGUACCACCGGCAGACGUCCAAAUAAUUAUCGACAAGAUGGCGAGUUACGUAGCAAAAAAUGGCCGAGAUUUUGAAGCUAUAGUAAAAAAUAAAGGUGAUCCAAGAUUUAACUUUCUCGAAUUGUCGCAUCAGUAUCACGGAUAUUAUGCGCACAAAUUGACCAUGUACGAAGGGGCCAUAAAUCCUAAAGUUUUGACCGAAGAAGAAUUACUUCAGAAGCAGGAGCCGCAAGAGGAGAAGCAAAAGAAGCUGGAGGAAUUACAGAAGAAACAGCAAAGAAUGGAGGAAGUACAAAAGCGUGUGAAAAUGAUACAAGCUAAGAAGAAGAGCGAUACGAAAACGAAACAAAGUCCGGGAAGCAAACAAAUCACUACUGUAUCGUUUUCUAUAAAGAAACCAAAGGAAGGUGAGAACGUAAUUAUUGAAAAGAGAAAUGCCUUGCCGUUAGAAGAGAGUGACGAUGAAAUGGAACCCGAAAAGAAAGAAACUAAUUCUAAACCAAGUUCCCCGCAAAAUUGUAACGAACAAACGACUGCAAUAAUAAAUACCGAUAAAGAAACGCCAAAGGUAGAAAUGAAGAAAUCUAAGAGCGAAGAAAAGGAAUUGGUCGAUCUGACCGAUGACAUACUCGAAGAUUGUCAAUUAGAGAUAAGGCACAAGCAAGUCGAAGAUAGAAUAAAAGACAAAUUAGUUGCAGCGGCCCGUGACAAAUUAGCUGCUACGUCCAGAGAAAAACAAUUACAAUUGGAACGAAAGAAAAAGGCGGCCAUGUUUUUAAGUCAGAUUCAAACAACGAGCUCCAAAAUUGGUACUUCUACGACACCUAAUAUAAGAAAAGACGAUUCCGACGAGGUUUACUCCGUUCCAUCGCCGUCCUUGGAAGAUGAUAAUAAAUCAGAAGAAAUAAAAAUUUGUGGUAAUUCGUUGAUGGAUCGAUUGAAGGGUGCAGAUUUAAGUGGGAAAAGAUCACGUCAACGAUCUAGAAGUCGUAGUGGAAGUCGUAGCCGUAUUGAGAGACAUAAAGUUCACAAAAAACACAAGAAAAAGAAAAGUUCUCACAGAAGCAGUUACGACAGUCCAAGUAGCUCUCGUAAUCACAGAUCUAAGAAAAGCAAAAAAUCAUCUUCGAGACAUAGAUCUCGAUCACGAACUCCGUCGCACAGACAUCAACAAAAUGUACGAAGAAAAGGGAGCAACUCGAGUUACUCUGAUUCGAGCUCGUCUUGAGAUACUUAAAAAGCGUUUUUUUUUUUU